ACUCAUAACUCAUAACUCAUAACUCAUAACUCAUAACUCACUGCUCAAACUUUCUCUUUCUCUCUCAUCUCUUCUUUCUUCCUCACAAAAAGAAGACAAUACUCAACGUACGUACCUCAAACCCUAACAACUUGUUACUACUUUCUUAAUUCUUUUCGAUCUGUUCAAACUUCAAUGUGUUCAUGAUCAUACUUCCUUAAACUUCAACAUGAUUCGCACGAAAACUUUACUAUUAUCCGAUCAGUGUAUAUGAUUUCAUCGUUUAUUGACCGUUUGGAUCAUAUAUGCAUGAUAUCUUUAUCCAAAGACCAAAAAAAAAAGAAAGACAAGUAAAAAAAUGGCUGUUGUUCCGGAAUCAAGUACUAAUAAACAGCUUCAACAUAUGUUACAGUCUGCCGUGCAAGCAGUUCAAUGGACUUACAGCCUCUUUUGGCAAUUUUGUCCCCAACAACGGAUAUUAGUAUGGGAAGAUGGGUAUUACAAUGGGUCUAUAAAAACAAGAAAGACGGUGCAACAAAUGGACGCAACUGCGGAAGAAUCAUGUCUUCAGAGAAGCCAACAACUAAAAGAACUCUAUGAGUCGUUAUCCGCCGGAGAGUUAAACCAACCACCGGCAAGAAGGCCGUGUGCGGCGUUGUCACCGGAGGACUUAACGGAAACGGAGUGGUUUUAUCUCAUGUGUGUCUCUUUCUCUUUCCCUCCUGGUGUUGGGUUACCUGGAAAAGCAUAUUCAAAAGGUCAACAUAUGUGGCUAACUGGAGCAAAUGAGGUCGAUAGCAAAGUAUUUUCCAGAGCUAUUCUUGCCAAGAGUGCUCGAAUACAGACUGUAGUGUGCAUACCUGUAAUUGACGGUGUGGUGGAGUUAGGAUACACAGAAAGAAUUCAAGAAGACCCAUCUUUUAUUGAACAAGUCAGAUAUUAUUUCGACGACCACUACUACAAUCAACAACUCCAAAAUGGACCACCAUUACAAUCAAAACCAGCACUCUCGGAGCACUCUACCUCCAACCCAACUGCCUCUAACCAUUCCCACUUCCAGUCUCCUCUUGCCCCUGCCACCGUCAACCCACCACCCGUCCCUAGUACUGACGGUCCCAACGACAACAAUGAUGACGAGGAGACUGAAGGCGAGGCUGACUCAGAUCCUGAGGCCAAUACAACUCUUGUCUUGCCACUUAAGUUGGACCUAUGUUACCAAAAAGGUCUUACUGUCAUUCCUGACUCGUCUGAUGAGCCCAGCGAGUUAAUGCAGAUAGAAAUGCCUGAGGACAUACGACUCAGCUCCCCUGAUGUCGUAUCCAACAACCUUGACUCCAACUUCCCCUUAGUGGCGGCUGCUGAUACACCAGCCAGCCACCAGCAUCAUCCUGUUGACUCGUUCAUAGCAACCAAGUCAACUCGUAGAUGGCCAGUUAUGCAACAGCAACAGCAACAGCAACAGCAACAGUUACAGGAUCCAAUCAUUUUCAGCAACCUACUCCAGCCACCUCCUCCAGGUUUCACAACAAUGGAAAACCUCUCCCAAGAGGACACGCACUACUCCCAAACAGUCUCUAUCAUCCUCCAACUCCAAUCUAGUCGUUGGGCAGAAUCAUCUACUACCACCUCUAUUCCAACCUCCUCUUCUUACCUCUCGUACUCUUCAAACUCUGUCUUCUCAAGCUGGAGACCUAGGUCCAACCUCCACCACUUGCCAAUGGAAGGCACCUCGCAAUGCCUUCUGAAAAACAUCCUAUUAACAGUUCCUCUCCUACAUUCCAAAUACCGCGAAGAGAACAUUAGCUCACCCAAGUCAGACCCGCAGUACGGUAUCUUAGCUCGUGGGAAAGGCAGCAGCAGCGUCCCCCACGACGAGCUCUCGGCUAACCAUGUAUUAGCCGAGCGUAGGAGAAGGGAGAAGUUGAAUGAGAGGUUUAUAAUUUUGAGGUCAUUGGUGCCUUUUGUAACAAAAAUGGAUAAGGCCUCUAUUUUAGGGGACACUAUUGAGUAUGUGAAGCAGCUGCGAAAGAAGAUACAGGAACUUGAAGGCUGUACAAAGUCUGGAGACGAGAGAUAUAAGAGGAAAGUGCAGGUGGUAGAAGAAAGCAGCAGUGUCAGUGAAAUAAGGGCAAAGAAAACUGUAGCACAGUCGCAGCAAAGCAACAUGUUAGAGGUGUCGAUAAUAGAGAGUGAUGCAUUGGUGGAGUUGCAGUGCCCAUAUAAGGAGGGGUUGUUACUGGAUGUCAUGAUCACACUGAGAGACAUGUGCCUAGAAGUUACUACAGUGUUAUCCUCCCUAAACAAUGGCCUCCUUGCUGCAGAGUUAAGAGCCAAGGUUAAAGAAAAUGUCAAUGGAAAGAAACCCAGCAUAAUUGAAGUGAAGAGGGCUGUGAAUCAAAAAGUGCCUCAAAGUGACUCAUAAAUUCAAAGUACAUUGGAACAUAUGCAUGCACACUCAGCUCACUAAGUGAAGCACAGAACAGAACUGCUUAGCCUCAAAUGUUGCAGCUAAAAGAUAUGAUCAAGGACUGAAUGGCCGUAACCCUUUGAAACUGUGAAUGCUCGAAUUCAGAUAGCACACAGAACGUUGGAGUUGUAACUAAGGGGAAUUCAAACAUAGAAAAAAAACAGAAACUAACUACUGCUAAAUAUUCAGUAAAAAAAGACAUACAAAUGGAAAGGCGUUGACUAUAUACCCGUUUUGAAGAUCUCGUCGACCUUCAUUCUUCAGGCAAAGGGUUUCCUAAAGCAAUGCCCUUGAUCACAUGCCGACACUGAAACCUGCAAGAUGAUUGAACUAAGCGCAUAGUACUGUAAUAUCAUACAUCAAAUCCUCAUUAUGAUUACUGGUUAUGCUUGUAUUAGACUAUAAGUAUGAUGACAGGCCCAGGCCAAGGUAAAGCAAGUAGCCACCAACUGACACUUCUGGCACAAGGCAACAUCUUUCGGUAGAUGCAAGUAAGCAUGACAUCUUCCGUUUUUGAAAAAGUUAUUAGUAGCUAUGUUUUACAAGAUAGUUCUGAUAAUAUCAUUGGCCAACCAUAAA